UAAUAGGUAAAUGUAAUAGUUUUAUGUAAGUAGAUUAAUAUAGUAGUAUGACAACAACAUUUACAAUGGUGAUUAUUUAAUAAUAAUAUAAUAAUAAUAAUAAUUAAGAGAUUAAAAUGGUGAAAUAAUAAGUAAUAAUGACGCAACGGAAUUUAGCUAGUCAAAGUAAUUUCUAAGAUGAUCGCCCGGCGAGGAACGCGCGGCUGAAGAGCCAAUCGUAGUUGUUUAAAUUUAAUAUGGCGGCGUUUAGGUCUGUUCGUAAGAGCUCAAGGAAAGCUCGAAAAAGUUUUUGAUACUCGUUUUCUGAAUGUAACACCUCCCCUCCUAAAAAGAAAUGUUGGGUGCACUGCCUGAUAUUUCUCCGCAUGGCGUCGGAAAGUUCGUUGUUCGCGCAAUCUAUUUUGCGAUUGCCAUGUCUCUUAUCCCACUAGCACUAAUCAUUGUCACUUUACCUUAUUUCACACAAUAUCUUCGCCUGAGAACGGGUGCAGAUGCGGUCGAUGAUUCAUCCAUGGAAGUCCAUCCAUGGAAGAGUGCUGACAUGAGACGUUCGACGCUGGGCAAAUCAGGGUUAGUCAUCGGCUUUCCCAUGUGCAACAAGUUGAUUACGGAAGAUUACACUGUUCCCAACAGUCCACUGGGGCGCACUGGAUAAUAUGGAUUACUUCGCCUGUGGUUAUGGCAGUGUAACCAGAAGACUUCAUAAUACGAUAAGCCAUCUCAUCUGGAGCGAUAGUGGAUAGCGAGAGGGCGUUCUGCAGAAUCUGACGCUGCAGUGCGCAUUUUUGCUCCAUAAUGUCAUGAUACAAUCUGGUUCCAGGUUCUCGACGUUGCAAGUGUUGAUGUCUAAUGACAAUGUGAUGAUAUUGAGCUCGCUGCCCUCGCAGUUGUAGUCCAUGAGGCCGAAGCACAUCAUCGGCAGUAGUAUGAAGAUCAUUACGUUAUAGUUCCAUGAUGAAUCCUUGGAUGUCGUUGGUUGACUGGCGCGCCGACUACCUCUCGUCUCUCAUCCUGAUUGUGGUUGUGGAGGGGAGCAGCGCGUGAUGGAGCUUCGACUCCCCACUUUUUUCUCCAACUUAUCUGUAUGUACAGUACGCAACUUACCUACUUUUAUUUCUAAUCUGACAUUGUUGUUAUUACAUACUUCUAUAAUAGUAUGCGGAUCCGUGUAUUGGGGACCUAGUUUAUUUUUUACAGGUUCCUUAAGCAAAUACAUGCGAUUGCCUAUGUUAAAUUCACAUGCAUUUACUCGUACGUAGUAUCGUUUGGAGCUUUGCGCUGUUUAAAUUGCGAUGCGCUAUCACUUGUACUUCAUUCAGUUUAUUAGACAAAUUAGUAUUCGGCGGAAUUAGCUUUCAUUGCUCUCGUCUAUCUGCGCGGGAUCGCUCGUGGAUACUCGCGUGAGGUUUCCGUAAACUAGCUCAUGGGGAAUAAAACGUGUUCCUUCAUGUACUAGUGUUAUACGGGAAGCUAGCCAUUUUUAAUAUUUUGUCCCAGUCUUUGUGUUUGUUAACAAAUUGUUUGAGAUAUUCCCAAA